UGGUACUUUUACCAUUUUUCUGCCAGCUACAUGACCACAACUUUUGUAAUGGAGGCCAUGGCUGCUGCAAAUGCCCAGCUUCGUUGGAAGAGAAUGGAAAAGCACAAGGAUGAUGAUGAGGAUUCUUCAUCUGGCGUUUCUGAUAGUGAUGUUCUUCUUCCUGAAGGCUACGAGCGAUCAGAGACAAGACCUAUCCUAUCUCUUCAGAGACGAGGAGCACCUAACGUUUUUGAAAUCACUGAAAGGGUGGAGAUGGGUCAGAUGGCAUCCAUGUUCUUCAAUAAAGUGGGAGUCAACUUGUUCUAUUUCUGCAUAAUCAUCUACCUCUAUGGUGAUUUGGCGAUAUAUGCAGCUGCUGUCCCAGUUUCUCUCAUGCAGGUGACCUGUAGUGUGACGGGCAAUCAUUCAUGCAGUGUUGAAGAUGGUACUAAGUAUAAUGACACAGACAAGUGCUGGGGACCAAUCAGAAGGAUUGAUGCUUAUAGAAUUUAUCUGGCCUAUUUCUUCAGAAUUUCUGCAUGAUUGAAGAUUUUCUCAAUGAAUUUCAAUAACUCUGACCCACCAGAAGGAGCUCAUCAGGAAAGGCAGACAUGCAUUAAUUACUAUCCGUACCUCCCAUUUAUUGCACCUGUAAUUCAUAAAGCCAGAGAUUUAAAAAAUAAUAAUAUUGUGACUUUUGUAGAAACAGAAGGUUUAUUGCUCUGGGUGUGCAAAUUCUAUGACACAAUUUUGGUGUCUUUGUUUUGGAUUUGAACAAUACUUUAUUAUUUGUCAGGUCCAUAGCAGCAUUGAUUCUUUCUCUUUUAUUAGAUCAAAGUGUCAGUUCAAAUUUACCAGUGUCACAUAGCCUGGUUGUCAUUUCUGUAUUCUAUGUAGUGUCUAGCACAUCACUAAAUGAAUGUGGAAGAAUAAAUCAGAAGAGCUGGUAAACUGUAGAUCAGCGAUAGGUGCUUUACUCUGAAUUUGUCUUUCUUCUGUCAUUUUCAAUGUCUCUACCAUGUCACUUAGAUUGUUCAGAUUACUCUACCCCAGCAAAACCUGCAACUGCUUUGGAGAUGGGCCUUGGGUCUGACACAUAGGAACUUAAGAAGAGCCUGCUGAAUCAGGCCAAUGGUCCAUCUCGUCCAGUAUCUAGUACUCGCAGUGGUCAACCAGAUGCUUAAGAGAAGUCCAGAGACAGGACCUGAGCACAACAUGGGGCUGGGAAGGUGGGGUUGCUAGGGAAAUGGGGAGAAGAAGUUAAGGAGGCAGCUGAGUGAUAGAGACA